AGAAGGAGGGCUGAGAGUUCUGUCAUUAAAAAUAAAAGAUUCACUUAGAUUGGAAGAAGCAGGCAUUUAUGCUAGACCUAAAGCUAAAGAUGACCAACAACUGUAUGUAUUUCAACAUGCCCUGUAUAAUGUCUGAUGCUAUGUAAGCAGCACAUACAGCUCUGCAAUUAUUUCGAUUUGGAACAGGUAGCUAUCUGCUUAGAAGAGGGAUGUGUUCACAACACUUUGCCCUGUCCCAAUCUUUUCAAAGGCAAACACAGUGUCAAAGGAAGAAAUCUUGGGAGGAAAGAGGCAGCUUGUCCAGCGCUCCUAAUUUUGCUUAGUUAUUUGGUGACACCUACUGGUUCCUCUUCCUAUCGUGGGGAAUCUUUUGAAAGGAAGAGGUGCCUUUGCAAGAGGAGGCGGGAUAAAGGACUUGGCCCUGGAGAAGAAAUAAUAAGCCAUCCUGUCCUGAAGGAGCCAUGUGAGCAAACUGGUCGUUCCAGUAGCUGGCAAGAAAGGCUUCUUGGGCAGCCAAGCUUGACAAGAGCUCCAAAGGUCCCCACCUCUUCGAAAAGAAAAGCUUCUUGGAAGGGGAACUCUCCUUUGCAAACCGGUUGGUUUGGGCGGGCGGGCGCGCGUGCUUCCCGGUGCGCUUUCCGAAAGGGACACGCGCUCUGCCUCCUUCCUUGGCCCUUCCAGAAGUAUUUUGGGAAGCCCAGGCUGCUCCACGGAAACCUUUCUCCGCCUGCCAUGAAGAAAGACGGCGUGGACAACCCGGCUUUUGAGCCCGGCAGCCCGGAUCGUGUCGGCGCGGCUGCGGCUUCCGACACCGCUAUCCGGGGCUCGUUCGUCUCGGAGUACAUCGAGGACGAGCUCUGCGGGUUUGGAGGCUAUGCGCCCGUCGCCCUGCAGCUCUGCAACAACGCCAAGGGCUACUUGGUCUUCUACAGCCUCCUCUCCGUCUUUCAAGGCAUUGUGGUAAAUGGACUAAUAAAUGUGAGCAUUUCCACGAUUGAGAAGCGAUAUGAUCUGAACAGUUCCCUCACAGGUGUAAUUUCUGCAGGCUAUGACAUUUCAUUCUGUAUUUUGUGCCUUUUUAUAUCCUUCUAUGGUGAAAGAGGGCACAAACCGAGAUGGCUUGCCUUUGCAUCUUUCCUCAUAGCACUGGGAUCCCUUGUAUUUUCCUUGCCACAUUUUACUAGUGGAGUGUACACAUAUGGAGAAAAAAUUGAAGAUAUUUGUCCUAUACCUGAAUCUGGAAUUCAUAAUGGAACAUGCACUGGCAAAAGAAGAUCUACACUCACCAACUACUUCUUUGUCUUUCUGCUGGCCCAGCUCAUCUUGGGAGCAGGAGGGACUCCCCUUUACACACUGGGAACAACUUUCAUUGAUGAUAGUGUCCCAAAACACCAAGCUUCAGUCUAUAUAGGCAUUGGUUACGCCAUGUCGCUUCUGGGUCCUGCUAUUGGUUACGUACUAGGAGGGCAGUUGCUUAAUGUCUAUGUUGAUUUCAAUCGUCAAGUAAGCAUAGACAUCACUCCCACAGAUCCACGCUGGGUUGGAGCUUGGUGGAUAGCAUUUGUUGUAUGCUGCUUUGCUACUUGCCUUUUAGUAGCACCAUUUUCAUAUUUCCCAAAGCAUUUGCCAGGUACACAACAAAUACAAGCUGAAAAGAUUUCUGAAGCACAUGGAGGAAUCAUGAAUGUUGACUAUACCGGCAGUAAUUUCAAAAACCUUAUAUUGACUCUCUGGAUGCUGCUCCACAAUCCUGUGCUCAUGUGUCUCGUAGUAGCUGCUUCACUGGAAGCUUUAGUUGCCACUGGCUUUGCAACUUUCUUGCCCAAAUUUAUUGAAAAUCAGUUUGGAUAUACCUCUAGUUAUUCUGCUACCUUAGGAGGGCUUGUAUUGGUCCCAGGAGCAGCAAUAGGUCAAAUUAUAAGUGGAACUUUGAUUUCCAAGCUCAAGAUGAGCUGCAAAAAUAUUAUCAGGUUUAUUCUCCUGACUUGUUUGGUAGCACUUUUAUUAAAUACAGUGUUUGCAUUUGCUAAAUGUGGGAACGAACCAUUUGCUGGUGUCUCUGAAACAUAUAAUGGGACGGGCACGUUAUCAAAUCUCGUUGCACCAUGCAAUGCCCACUGUAGAUGUAUGCCUUCAGAAUUUGUACCAGUUUGUGGGGCAGAUGAAGUCCAAUAUUUUUCUCCAUGUUAUGCAGGAUGUACCUCUUCAAUUCUUCACAAAAAAACAAAGGUCUACAACAACUGUUCCUGUGUAGGGAAUCCCACCGUUGUAAUUGAGAACACCAUCCAAGGAGCCUUGCCGGGAAAAUGUAAAUCAAAAUGUACCGUCCUGCCCUGGUUCCUUAGCUUUUUCUUUCUAGCUGUUGUUUUUACUUUUAUGGCAGUUACACCAACAACUGUGGCUAUUCUCAGAUGUGUACCAGAAACAACCCGGUCAUUUGCCAUGGGUGUUCACAUGUUGUUUCUACGAAUUAUUGGCACAAUACCUGGACCGAUACUGUUUGGUGUUGCAAUAGACCAUUCAUGUACAUUAUGGUCUGUUGAUAAAUGUGGAAUUAGAGGAUCAUGUUGGACCUAUAACAACAGCAAAAUGGCAUAUAUGUUAAUGGGCAUAACUGCAUGUUCCAAGGUAAUUUCGAUAAUUUUUACUUUUACAGCAUGGAUGUUAUACAAGCCCCUAGCAAAUUCAGCUUCAGCUAACAAAGAUGAAACUGGGAUUUCUGUCCAGCUAUAACAAGAUGAUUUUUUUUGAGAAAAAGUCACAAAGAGUAAAAUGGACAGAAGUGGCAGCUCCGUAAAAAAGUGUCCUAGUGGCCAAAUAGGCUGAAUAUGAGCCAUGCUACAGGACUGGAGUAUUCAUUAGCCAUUUUGCAUUUUAAAAAUAAAUGCAGAUUUCCAGGUUUACGUCAGUCAUGGGAAGCACUUUUUUCAGACCAAAUGUGAGACUACUCAUAUUGCUUAAUUUUUCUUUUAUCAACUGAUCAAGAACAAGUUGUCUUAUUUAAUUUGUUGUCAUGUGAGUCCCAAACUCAACAGCUUUCUAAGUAUUUAUGAGAGCACAUGGGUCACCAACAAAUACAUAGGCUUUUUUUUGAGAUCCCAUGAAAUAUGCAAUUAUGUCUUCCUGUUAGUUGAUUAUAGAGCCAAAACUGAUUUGGUAAUCAUGGCAGCCACACAUUAAUAAAUCUCAUUUGCAAGUAGUUCAUACAGUUGGUGCUUUUGUGCACUCAAGAUGGUCAUAUGAACUGUCAUGUCUGGUCUGCUACUGAAUAGUGAAGAACCAGAAAGCAUUAGCAGAAGAUUUGCUUUUUGGAUGGCAGUUUCCAAAACUCUUCAAUUAGCAUGGCUGGAGAUAUGGCUGCAGGGUUUCAACAAGUACACUUUAGAAAAGUAAUAUUCCCAAAUUAAUUUGCUUGUUUCAAACUCACAUAUAUUUUCUAUAAACCAGGAAAAUAUGUAGCAGUGACUUUGCUUAGUUUAUUACAGAUUCAGUGUAUUGUAAAUUUGUUCAUGGCUAAAUUUCUGAACAGAUGAAUGUGGUUUAAUGUUUACAUAGCUUCCUGGUGACAAAAGGGUGUACUUGUGAAAAUAUUUCAUUAAAGUUUCAGUACUGUGUAUUGACCGAAGCUUUAUCAUCACAUGAGUAUACAGAAAAGAUGUUGCUAUGUUUCCCAAGCCCUUCACUGUUACUACGGUAUGAAAUAGCUAUUUAAUAGAGCAUUAGUAUCAGUCACAAAAUUCACCAGUAUUUUAUCAAGAAUUUCAAUUUCAACAUUGGAAGUGAAUCAACAGACUCCAUCUUGUAAUGUGUCUUAACAGAGCUUAGGGAAAUUACUAUUUUAAAGUAAUUUCUGGUGUCAGAAUCCACCAGCUAGCUUGGCCACUGGCAGUUGCAGUCUAAAAUGUAAUUUUUUUGCAACUUUUUUGUUUAUUAGGUGAAUGUAAAUGUUCAUACAAAAAUAGUGGCAAUCCUACCUAAAAUUGACGAAUGUGUAAGUAAAGUAUUCCAAAAUUUGUCUUUGAAUCACCUGUGUGUGAUUGAUAAAUAUGAAACAAAGUUUUGUUUUUAUUGUCAUAGGUUUCUGUAUAGAAUUUGCACAUCAAUGUCUGCUUUCACAUAAGCAUUUCCGUGACAUUACUAAGUUUAACAUGAAGAUGUUUAGUAAAGAGUAGUGUUUGUAGGUUUGUUGGCUUUUUUCGUGUUUUACUCUGUUGUCUUUAUUUCUAGAGGAAGAUGCAUAAAGGGUUUCUAGGGUGUAUUCGUAGAUUAUUUCCUUCUCCUGCUGUUUGCAUCUGUGGAUCGGAAAGAAUGAUCCUGCUAAAUAGCAAUGUGCUUGAUCUUAUAAAGGCAUCCAAAAGUGAUCUCUGAAAUCAGCAGCAGCAGCAAAAGGCCAGUAAUGACCCAAAGACUGCUGAAGAGAAGUUAAGUUUGUUGUAGUUAGUCAAAUUAUAAUUUACUACUCUAUAGGGGUUUUACAAUUUAUUUGUUUUGUCACAGCAUUCCAUUAUUUCCAAAAAAUCCAUUAAUAAAUGAACCUAUAAUAUUCUUUUGCAAUGCUCAGUGAAAGCAAAACAACAUUGUUCUAUGAAACUCAUCACAUUGAUGAGGUCCUUCAGAGUGAUCAGCCAGCAGGACGAGGAUGAAUCAGCAGGGCAGUGGGGUAAACCUGGUUCCCUUUGCUCCUCCUCGCAGGCAGUGAUUAUUCCCCAUCACAUGUGGGGAAGCAUCGCCAUGCGGUUUCCCCCUGCUCUGGCCCUGUUGUUCAAAAUGGAACAUGGGAAGCCUCCCAUGUUCUGGGUGCAGUGUCAUAGGAUGCUUGCGCCCCAGUUAACCGAUGGAGUUAUGCUGGAUAUCAGCUUGCACCAUGUGGCAUGGCUUCAUCUAUUAUCUGUGUUGCAAGCAUCCUAGGAUGCUUGCAGGUAAUCAUAAGAUGAAGUCCAUAUGUCUUCAUAGUAAAAAGAAAUUCAUAGGGCAAGAAAACACUGUUUUAAUAUCUUUGUUUUUCCUGUGCAUUUUGGGGUUGUUAAAAGUUGUUUAUAAUUUUAGGUGAAUUGAAGUAUGUGGAUAAAGAAAUAGUACAAAAAAUAGCAUUUUAUUAUCUUGAACAUUAUGUUUACAUUAUAAGAACUACUGUUAACUAAGUGCCUUCAAGACUGAAACCACAACCCAUGAAGUGGAUAUCCAAAGAAGUGGAGUUGGUUCUUUUCCUUUCUCCAUAUCACUCUACAGCAAUAAAUCUCAAAUUCCUUGUUGAACUUUUGUGAGUUCUUUAUUUCACACCAAAAUACAGAGUUGACAUAUCUGGAUUUCAGUUAUGCUCUUGUCUUGCAGUAUUCCUGUAGAGAACAAUGAUUUCACAUUCUGUAACAGACAUAAGUAUGUACAAAAGAAAAUAUAAAAUGUAAAGUUAAAGGUUUCCUCUGAUGUUAAGUCCAGUCAUGAUCGACUCUGGGGGUUGGUGCUCAUCUCCAUUUCUAAGCCGAAGAGCCGGUGUUGUCCAUAGACACCUCCAGGUCAUGUGGCCGGCAUGACUGCAUGGAGCGCUGUUACUGCUGGAGCGGUACCUAUUGAUCUACUCACAUUUGCAUGUUUUCGAACUGCUAGGUUGGCAGGAGCUGGGGCUAACAGUGGGCGCUCGUUCUGCUCCUGGGAUUUGAACCUGGCACCUUUCAGUCCACAAGUUCAGCAGCUCAGCACUUUAACACACUUUGCCACCAGGGGCCCCAUAAAAGUAAAUAUAUGAACAACAAAAAUGAGUUCUUGGAAACACCUUUCAGAUAGCAUUCUAAAGAAUAUGUUAAAUAUAUGGAGAAAACAUGCAAAUGUGAGUAGAUCAAUAGUAGUAGAUCUGAUGGGAAGGUAACGGCGCUCCAUGCAGUCAUGCCGGCCACAUGACCUUGGAGAUGUGUAUGGACAACGCCGGCUCUUCGGCUUAGAAAUGGAGAUGAGCACCAACCCCCAGAGUCGGUCAUGACUGAACUUAAUGUCAGGGGAAACCAAUGGAGAAAAUACAAUGGAACUUUAGGAAGUCUCCUUUUCCAUGCGCUUCUCAGCAUUACUUGAAAAUGGACUGAGGGGUAAUAGCUCUUCAGAACUAGAUUUGAUACAUGGGGUAAAGAUGAAUCACUGUUCUCUCAGUUCUGGUGUAAUUGGAUAUUUUGUGAGUUGAAGACUCAUUGUUGUAUCUUGCCUGUUUUUUGAAGUGUCAAGGAAUAUUGUCUUCCAUUAUAAUAGAAUUCUCAUGUUCUGUGUGUUUAUUAUGGUUUUAUUCAUUGGAAGCUACCUGUAUGUUGGUAUAGGUUGCUCCACAGUGCCAGAUGUUUCCAUCCUUUUUUGUUGAAUGUAUUUUUAAAAAGAUAUAUAUGCAAAUAUCCUGAUGAAUUGUAUUCCUCUCAUGUCAAAAUCACAUUGUGUAAUAUUUUAAAUGGAAAAACUUUUUAUUUUAUAGAAACGCCAUAAAAUGUAAAAGAAUAAUUUGUUAAAAAGAUGCUAUUGAAAUAUUUGAAUUAAAAUAGUUUCACCACUGCAA